UGAAGUUGGUAGAUAGCUAGGAAUAGUUGGUAAGAAGACAUUACCUAAUCCUCCUACUUGUCAGCCCGAUUUCCAAAGCAAUGUUAAAUAUAAAUUUAAAAUAAUCGGGGUUUGUAGACGUAUUUAAAUUAACACCUGUACUGAGUGACAAUAGAGUUAACUUUACUGGAGUUAAACAUUUUCGAUAUGGAGGAUAAGAAAGAAGAGAGAGAGGCAGAGAUUCAAGAACACGGACCGGAACAUUGGUUCUCAAACUGGGAAAGACAGUGCUUAGCAGAGGCAGAGCAAGAAGAGCCAAAUGAAGAGGAAGUCGAAAAAGAUCAGGAAAAACUGUGGCAUCUAUUUCAGAAUUCUGCUACAGCCGUGGCGCAACUUUAUAAAGAUCGAGUUUGCCAUCAGCAAGGACUGUCACUGUGGGUACCCUUUCAGAAUGCUGCAACAGCUGUGACCAAUCUUUACAAAGAGAGUGUUGAUACACAUCAGAGAAGCUUUGACCUAGGAAUUCAGAUCGGUCAUCAGAGACGCAAUAAGGAUGUUUUGGCUUGGGUCAAAAAGAAAAGGAGAACCAUUCGAAGAGACGAUCUGAUAAGUUUCCUAUGUGGCAAAGCACCACCACCAAGGGUUUCAAGAACAACACCCAGACUGUCACCAAAUCGACCACCUUCUUCAGACACCGUUUCGUCUGUGGAAACUGAUUUACAGCCCUUCCGCGAAGCCAUAGCACUGCAUGGGCUCAGUGGAGCGAUGGCUAGCAUAAGCGUGCGUUCCGGAGCCCCCAGCUCCCCCACUCACGUCAGUGGCAGCUCCAACCCUGGCCGCAGGAGAAAUGGACUUCACGACAUGGACUUGAACACUUUCAUAUCGGAGGAGAUGGCGCAGCACUUGGACAACGGCGGGAACCGAAAGCGCCCGUCAGCCCAGUGCACCGAUGUCAUCACGGACUCACCUACCCAUAAACGCAACAGGAUGAUCUGAGUCCGGUCAGCACUCAUGAAUGCACGAUGCUGCUCAAAAAUACAAGCCACUUAAUCCUCAGUACCAUUUUGUCCAUCCUGAGCCCCCCCCCCCAAAAAAAAAAGGAAUCAAGGGCCAUUGACCAUCACACAAUGUGAGCACUAAUAACAGUUGCCAUAAGGUGGACCACUGUUGUAUCUUUUCCUCUUAACUGUUCUCUUUUACUGCUUUGGAGAUGGAAUCACUCCACAGAUGACAUUACCACCGAGCAGCAGCCUUAAAGGAAUGCUUCUAAAAGAUAAUGUGGCUAGCACUGAAGGAAAACGACUGGUGACCUGCUAGCUUGGUGUCAUUUGGCCUUUUGUUAGUUGGCCACUGCUAGGGUUAAAGUGCUACCAGCAUUUUUGGGUGAAGUGUUGCUUUAUCAAGCAGUUGCUGCUGCCAGUAUCCAUUAGCCAAUACUGGAAAUGUAUUCAUAAUGAUGAAAUAGCUAAGCUGCGAUUGUCCCUUUCCCUAUCCUUGACUACCCAUGCCCUGCAAAUUUAAAUAUGUUCUGCUCUGCAGUACUUUGUUCAACUCAUGGUGGGUAAUUGGCUAAUUAAUUGAAAUGGGUUUGGUAGACACAGAACUGUAACGUCUGGGGGUCUCCAGGACUGAUGAUCAUAUAUACUUUAACAAUAUUGCCACUUCUUCGCUUAGCACUUCAAUGUGUUGACCAGCCUCGUUCUGCACACAGAAGUCUCUGGUGCAGCAGUUCUAACUAGGUUUUGACUGACUAUUAGUUGCCAUAUUAUCCUAUAUUUUUCACUUGCCUUUUUUCUUGCAUAACGGGUUUUUUCUAUGUGUUUCAGUAAUGUUGGACAGCAUGCAGAAUCCUUAUUUUAUUUUGAAGCUGCUGCAGAUUUGCAGGUUUGUGGACUUGAAGAAUUUGCAAUGAUGAUCUUGUUCUGGAGUGACAAUGAGAGGGGAGCAGAAGCACACCCAAGGUGUGUGAGUUUAGUGCAAUCAACGUUUGGGAUUUCAUGUCUUGAAAUGACUUGAGUUGCUGGUCCAAAACCCUAUGUAAAAUAGCAUGUUCACAUAAGGAACUUUGAUAUUCAUGAUAAGGAAAUUAAAUAGGCUUGAAUUUGAAAUGUCCUUUUUACCUUGGUUUCCAGAACAUUCGUUACAACGCCGCAUGGCACCGCCGUACAUGAUCAUGAGUGGUCAUGAAUUAAGUGUAGAGUCCAUGAAAGGUACAGGAAUGUGUAGUCCUUUUGAAAUUAAGGAUCUGGAGCAUUGAAAAUUUCUUGUUACCACUCAAGUUAGUGAAUUUAUUGAAUAUUGGGAUUUUUUGUUUGUUUGUUUUGACAAUAAUAAACAUUUAGUUGUUAGUGUGACGAUGUGAAACAAAAAAGGUGAAACAAAACUAAUUGGUAUAAUUAGCAUUUCGUUUUAAAGAGUAGAAUAUAAUUGUUGGUGUUUCAACAAGUAGCAUCUGAACUUGGUUAUUUAUGUUUAUGUAAAGUUUUAUGGAAAUGUUUUGACCCCACUUGAAAUUCUGUUUGAGAAUGUGGUAGAUGUCCAACACUACUAUUUCUCCUUGUUUUUCUUGACAAAUUUGUUUUCUUUGAAAAUGUUCCAUCAUGAACAAUUUCAAAACACUACCUGUUCAGGUUAUGCAGA